AUGUCGUCUUGGAUGUUUCUCUUGGGGACUGAAGCCAAUUGUUUUGCUCAUAUUGUGCAUGAGGAGAACCGGCGGGCUUUUUCUUUCAACCCAUUGAAAUUCAUGGAAGCUACAACUUCAAGGCACAGGCGCUCUGUGAGUGAUCCUGCUGAGAUAAGAUCCAAGGAGGAUGCAUUGAAUAACACGGCUGAAGCUUCUACUUAUCUUAAAUUGGAUAUGGGGCAGCUGAAGAAAAGUGCCGUACCCAAGAAGAGGCAAUCUUUCAACACUGAAGUUCAAAAUUCUUUGAAGCAAGAGAUUCUACAGCUUCAGAAGGGUUUACUGGACCAAGUUGUCGCUCGGUGUGCUCUGGAGAAGGCAUUGGGUCAUAGCUCUUCUCCCUGCGAGACUGCGACUGUAAACUCAAUGCCCAAGGCUGCGGAGGAUCUUAUCAAGGAAAUUGCAAUACUAGAGUUGGAAGUUAAGCAUUUGGAGAAGUAUCUUCUGUCCAUGUAUCGGAAACAAUUUGAUCGACAGGUUUCAUCCUUAUCAUCCAUUGAUGAAAAGUUGAAAUCAGGUUCAGCGAGACAUAAAGGCGUUCUUUUAGAAGAUUCUGGACAUGAUACUACUUCAAAGAAAGAAAAUUCAGUGAUUCAUUCUGGUCAUCCCCUGACACCUCUAAAUUCAAUUGACAAGCCUCCAAAGGAAUGUAAUGACACUUGGGGAGCUCAGAAGGUAUUAGAUUCUGGGAUUCAUCGAAGUCACUCCUCAAUAUCUCAACAUUCCAUUAGUUCACUUAGAGCCUCUCCUCCAAUGGGAAUUCUAGCUGAAGCUGUGAACUCAUACCAUUCCCUACCUUUGUCAAUGCUGGAGCGUGCCGAGAAUGCAACCUCAAAUACAAUGAGUCUAGCGGAGCAUUUCAGUACACACAUUUCCAAUGGCAUUCCAGAGACACCAAACCAGCUGUCUGAAGAGAUGAUUAAGUGCAUCUCAGCCAUAUAUUGUAAACUCGCCGAACCUCCCUUGGUCAGUCAUGAUUUCCACUCAUCUCCUAUAUCGUUCUCAUCAUCGAUGGGUGAAUUUUCUCCAAGAGGUCAGUGUGACAUGUGGAGCUCACCGUGCAGAAAAGAUUCAUCUUUUGACCCACACUUAGUUAAUCCUCCCUUCCACAAUGAAGGAUCCCAGGAAUUCAGCGGUCCUUACUGCACAAUGGUAGAAGUGCAAUGGAUCUGUACAGAUAGUAAGAAGCUAAGAGAUGUUGAGCACAUGCUAAAAAGAUUUAGGUCACUCAUUUCUGGAUUGGAAGAAGUUGAUCCUAGAAAGAUGAAAAAUGUGGAGAAGCUUGCUUUCUGGAUUAAUGUGCAUAAUGCACUAGCAAUGCAUGCAUUUUUGGUGAAUGGGAUUCCAAAAAACAAUUUGAAGAGAAUUUCAUUGCUGCUGAAGGCAGCAUAUAAUGUGGGGGGUCACACCACAAGCAUAGACAUGAUACAAAGUUCAAUUCUGGGUUGCCGAUUGCCACGUCCAGGACUCUGGCUUCGAUUUUUUCUCUCUCCAAAGAUGAAAUUCAAGGUUGGUUAUGGCCGAAAAGCAUAUGCGAUUGAGCAGCCAGAGCCUCUCUUACAUUUUGCCCUUUGUUCAGGGAGUCAUUCCGAUCCUGCAGUCCGGGUAUACACACCCAAAAGGAUAUUUCUGGAGCUGGAACUGGCAAAAGAAGAGUACAUUCAGACCACCUUCUGCAUCCGAAAGGAACAGAAAGUUCUUAUGCCAAAACUAGUGGAGUCUUUUGCAAAGGAUUUGGAUUUGUGCCCUAUUGGUUUGCUCAAGAUGAUUGAACAUUUCAUGCCUGCUUCUCUGAUGAAAAGCAUUCAGCAGUGUCGACGUGGGAAAUUCUCAAAAAGCAUUGAGUGGAUACCCCACAAAUUCGCUUUCCGUUAUCUCCUCUCAAAUGAAUUAGCUCAGCUACAUCUAUGAUAAACGCCAAGAUCCUUCUUUUGAGGGCAAUGGUGGCAUUAGCAGGGAUGGGUCUAUAUGGGUUAGUUCCUUCGUAUUUUUUCAUCUGUGAGUGCAGCUAACUUGGAAAAACAGAUGAAUCAUAACCAAGCAAAAGCUUGGUUUCUCCAAAUUUGCCGCUUUGAAGAACGGUGAUCAAAUGGGCUCGACCUCACUCAGCUUGAGUACAUGAAUAGAGCAGCGGUAACUUUGGUGUUGAGAUCUCCUCAGCUCUGCAUAGAGUGGAAUGGUCAAGGUUCAGCUGUUACUAUAAUUUCCAAUGGUGACAUUUUACACUUUUGUGUACAAAUUAAAUGAGAGGAGAAGCAAGAGAUAGGAUGAUAUAUUGGCUGCAUUGAUGUAGAUUUUGAUGAUUGCACUUCUAAAUACAAUCUUUCUUGGGUCUAA